CCCCGCCACGGGCGAGGAGCAGCAGCUCCCGAUGCCGCCGCGGCGCGCGGAGAGCUGGGCCGCCGCGGUGCUCUGCGGCUGCGUCGUCGGUGCCGCGUGCGACGGCUGCCACCGCGGGCCGUUCCGCGUGGUCUUGGUCGGCACCGACGCGGGCGGCAUCUUCUCCUGCGUCUACUCGUCCCUGGAUGGCGCGUGGAGCGAGCCGGCCUCCCACCCCGGGUCCCCCACAUGCCUCGAAUCCGUGCCCGGUGUCCUUGUGGGGGGCGCGCUCCACUUCCUGUUCCAAUUCGGCGACAGCAUCCUCAGGUACGUUCUGGGUGCGCGGCAAGUGUCUGUGAUCCAGAGGCCACCGGCAUGCACCGCCUUCCAGGGGCGCGCGCUGCUCAUGGCCAUGGAGGAUGGGAGGCUGGGAUUCGCCUCGGUGCUCGACUCCAGGCUCUGCCUGUGGCCGCGGGAGGUCGGCGCUGACGGGGAAGCAAGGUGGGCGCAGGGCAGAGCCAUUGAGCUCGAGACGCUGCUCCCCGCUGAUGCCCUCUUGACCUUGCCUUACUUGAUUGGCUUUGCUGAUGGGGUUGGAGUGCUCUUCCUGUGGACGGCUGUUGGCGGGUUGUUCCUCGUCAAUCUGAAAUCUGGUCUGCUGAGAAACGUGGAUAUCGACACGGACAUCUAUGGCGUUGUUCCUUAUGGGACCUACUACUUUCCAGCACUGAGAAUAGCUGCUGAAGGUGAUGGAGCUAGCUGAACCAAGUGCGGGUGCAUCAGAACCUCAAGUGCUGUUGAAAGGUCUUUGAACUUCUAGAAAGUGCUAAUUGUGCUCUCGAGGAUCUGUGAUUUUGCUGCUGAUCAUAUUGCGUGCUCUUGAGGAUCUGUGAUUUUGCUGCUGACCAUAUUGCGCUGCUUUCCUGCUUUCUGAAUCUUCAGUAUAAGCCAUUAGCUAUAAUGUAGUAGCUUGACAGCUCUGAUGUGAACCUUAAUGGGGCUCAUUUUAAGGUCGUGAUCUAAGCGCUAUCCUACUUUCUGUGUGCUCCAAAACUUUAGGUUUCCAAGAAAUGAAUGGAAUUCAUUUUACCAGAA